UUUAAAUCUGCUUGCCCUUUUGGAACUGUUCUCUCUAGCAUUUCAGGAAAAAGAAAAAUAUAUUUUUUAAUGGGCUUCCCUUCAUUAAAUAGAUCAUUUACAGGAAGCAAAACCCGUAAACCUGACUGUCUGGAUGAACCAGUCAGGCGGCUUUUUCGGGAGUGUCGAGGCACGAGGUCUGAGCGUUUUUCCACUACAGAGCUACACUUGGAUUAUAUAUGAGGUGCUAGCGUAGCAAGCGUUUGCCCUAUUUGCCGGGACAUGUGUUUAAAUCAGCAGUUAGUGUAUCCAUUUAACCUACACUGCAGGACAGAGGUUUACGCUAACUCGACACCUGUGGUGGUCAUCCUGCAUUGAAGAAGGCUGGAUAAGUUCCAACAAGCUGAUGUUUGGUUAACUUUUGCCCGUUCGAUAGACCGCAUAAAAACAAACAAAUAGCCUGGUGUAGUGACCUGUCCACAACACUCGGCUACAACACAGUACUGACUGCAUCCACUUUGGUCUCCUCUAUAAUAAUGAUCUGUUAUUUACUUGACGCUUUUAGCCAAAGCGACUUUUGAUCAAACUCAGCAGGGGACAAUCCCUCCUGGAGCAAUGUGGGGUUAAGGGCCCAACAGCUGUGCAGAUCUUAUCGUGACUAUACCUGAGCUUGAACCACCAACCUCCCGGGGGUCCCAGUCUCGGCCUUAGCCGCUAGGCGACGGGCUGCUUCCCACCAUAGCGAUGGGGGGCUUCCGGACUCUCGUGGAACCCGUGGUGAUCUUAAACACCAUGGGCAGCGCCUUCUACGACACCGCCCUCAGCCUGUCCGUGUACCAGCGGGCCCUGGAGCUGGCGGAGGGCCGGAGCGACCAGGCCCAGGCCAUCGCCUCGCACUUCCUGCUGCUCUACAACAGCCUGUGCUCCCUGCUGUCGUUCGUCUCCACCCUGGUCCUGGGCUGGCUGGCGCACCGCCACGGCCCCCGCCUGCUUCUGGUGCUGCCGCAGGUGGGCACGGUGGCGCGGAAGAGCCUGCUCCUGGCCUUCGUGCUGUUCCGGCUCCCGCUGGAGGCGCUGUACGCCGGGGCGGCGGCGUACGGGCUGUGCGGGGGCACGCCGGCGUACUGGGGCGCGCUGGUCUCGCUGGCCUCGCUCACCUCGGGCGAGCGGCGCCGGAGCCUGAAGAUCAACGCCGUGGACUUCUGCUACGGCACCACGGCCGUGCUCGGCGGCCUGCUGUCGGGCCACCUGUACCCGCUGGGCCGGGCCGGCGUGCCCCUCAUCGUCAUGAGCAUCCUGCUCUGCGUGGGGAGUCUGCUCUACUCCGCCUUCCUGCUCACCAUCCCCGGGGCCGCCGGCGGCGGGGAGGGCAAUCCAGAGCCCGGCUGGCUGGAGGUGUCCCGGCGGGCGGCCCGGACGGACAGGAGCGGCGUGGUCCUGCUCCUGGUGUCCAUCGCGGUGUUCGACCUGGGGAUGAGCGGGGCGGAGGACGUGCUGACGCUCUACGUGCAGAAGCCGCCGCUCGGCUGGGACUCGGUCUGGUUGGGCUACGGCAGCGCCGCCACCAACGCCAUGUACGUCAGCAGCUUCCUGGGCGUGGUGCUCCUCUCCCGGGCCCUGGGGGACACGGCCCUCAUCCUGCUGGGCGUGGCGUCCAACUGCACCGGCAUGGCCGUCAUGGCCUUCGCCACCCGGAGCUGGGUCUACUUCUUCGCGCGUGGAAUCAUGAUGUUUUCUUGUAUCCCAAUGCCCACAAUAAAAGCACAGAUGUCCGUAAAGCUGGAUGCUCGGUCCUACGGGCGUGUAUUUGGCUGGCUACAGGCCACCUUGGCCUUGACUACAGUCUUGUCUGGGCUGUUCUUCACUUCCAUUUACCCCCUUACCCUGGGCUGGUACAGUGGCUUCUGCUUCUUAACCUCAUGUGCCAUCAGCUACCUCAGUGUCAUCCCCAUACUGUAUCUCCAUUGCAGAGGAACUAGAAAAGGAUACAUGCCCAUUUCUGUCAACAGCUAAUCCUAACACCUUUUCUACACUGGAGAUUCCAGAUUCCAGUUCCUGAGAUAGCCUACUGCAUCAAUGACGUAAACUGCACAAAAAGCAGUCGUAUGUGAACUACCUACAGGACUCCAGACUCCUGUAUGGAACACCUGUACACCUACUUAUUCAUGCGAUUAUCUAAUCAGCCAAUUUGUGUGACAGCAGUGGAAUGUAUACAAUCAUAUAGAUACGGGUCAGGAGCUUCAGUUAAUGUUCACAUCAACCAUCAGACUGGGGGAAAAAAUUGAUCUAAGUGACUUUGACCACGGAAUGAUUGUUGGUGGUAGACAGGGUGGUUUGAGAAUAUCAGAAACUGCUGAUCUCCUGGGAUUUUCACGCACACUAGUCUCUAGAGUUUGCAAAGAAUGGUGAACAUUUUUUUUUAUCCAGUGAGCAGCAGUUCUGCAGACAGAAACACUUUGUUAAUGAGAGACGUCAGAGGAGAAAGGCCAGACUGGUCAAAGCUGACAGGAAGGAGACAGUAACGCAAAUAACCACACAUUACAACAGUGGUAUGCAGAAGAGCAUCUCUGAACACACAACGCAUCAUAACUCUAAGUGGAUAGGUUACAGCAGUAGAAGUCUAAAAAAUAAGUUUAAUAAAUACCUAAUAAAGUGCUCACUGAAUGUAGAUAUGAAUGUAUUUUUAUGACUGCUGGAAAAUUGCUAUUAUAAAUAAGCUAGUCCUCUUUAUAUUCUUACAGGAAUCAGAAAACAAAUCGUAAUGUUCGAAACUGUACAACAUAAAAUAAAAUAAAUUUGAAGACUAAUAUUUCAGACUAAAAUACCUAAACAUAGUUCUCAGAUAUAUUGGAAAACUUGCAUUUUCUUAAUUAAUAUUGUGAGUUGCUAUCAUGGAUAUACUUAAUUUGCUUUCCAGAAAUUACUUUUUUAACUGCAUUAAUUAAGUGUUACAUUACAUUUCAUGUGUUCCCUCUGUGAAUGGCAAAUUGGCCACAGGGUGGCGCUAGAACAUUGGAAUAUUUAAAUACUGUCAUUGGGAGCAGAAAAUUCUCAAGUAUUUGCUAUGUCAUAACAUUUAAUUUGAAAAGAAAAAGAAAAAGAAAACCUUUUAUUUCACCGCACUAGCCAUUCCACCCAGGGGCUGUCUACAGUCCGCUGUAAAUAGCACAAGGCAGGAAAACAAAGUUCUCAAAAUAAGUUGUUGUUAAUGGGGCCCUCCAUUAAGCGUGUCAAACACAAGGUGACUUGUGACUGUCUGCCAUGUCCUGCAGUCAAAGGCUGUAGCACAAUACACAUUGAAAUUGAAUUGAAAUAAAGGAACAAUUUAAUUGUUGCGUAACUAUUA